CUCAGCCGGGGCUGCUGCUGGCUGCAGAAGAGAAGGAGGAGGAGGUGAAAGAUGGUGGAAUCAGAUGUGAGAGCUGCUGCUGCUGCUGCCCUCAGCCCUCAGUCUCCGAGCUGUCACCGGCUCUGCUGCUAACACCCCCUGUGCUGCCCGCAGGGUGAUGCCCACCGCCAUCAGCUCUGUGAUUUACUCCGGCCCAGAGAUCCCUGAGGAGCCUCCAUCCAGGGCUUUGUGGACAAGAUGUUAAUACAGUAAACACCUGAAAAUCUGCCAUGAACCAUUUAGACGGAGCACAAGAGGUGGAGGCGACUGAUGAGCCUGCAAAUGCAGACAUCAAUGAGUCCGUGGAAGCCGACCUUGAACUUCCAGAAGUUGAAGAAGAGCAACAUCCGUACGCGUCCCCUAACUCACGGCAUACAGCUGAGGAGCAGGAUGGACAGUCUGGACAAGAUGAAGAAGGAACACUUGCAAGAUCUGCGAGUACAGAGAGUGGGUUUCACAAUCACACAGAUACUGCAGAGGGGGAUGUCAUUGCAGGACAAGUAGAUGGAUAUGACCUUGAGAGAGCUCAGGAAAAUGAGGAUGAGAAUGCCUAUGCUGUACAGUACAGGCCGGAGUCUGAGGAAUACACUGAGAAUGCUGAAGCAGAGCAUGGUGAGGUGCUACAUAACAGAACUCUCCCCAAUCACUUACAUUUUCAUGGUAUGGACCAGGAGGAGGCUAUUAACUCCGCUUACUCCGGUUAUGUCUACACACACAGAUUAUUUCACAGGGGGGAAGAUGAGCAAUACGCAGAACCAUAUGCAGAUUAUGGAUUGCAGGAGCAUGUGUAUGAGGAAAUAGGAGACACUCCUGAUCUGGACAUCAGGGAGGGUCUCCGCCUUUAUGAACAAGAGAGAGAAGAAGCUGACAAUUAUCGAAAAGAAGCUUUGGGCGCUCGUCUCCACCAUUAUGAUGAACGGUCUGAUGGAGAGUCGGAUAGUCCUGAAAAAGAGGCAGAGUUUGCACCAUACCCAAGGAUGGACAGCUAUGAGCAAGAAGAAGAUAUUGAUCAAAUUGUGGCAGAGGUGAAACAAAGUAUGAGCUCUCAAAGCCUAGACAAGGCAGCUGAGGAUAUGCCGGAAGCUGAACAAAGUAUGGACCUCCCUGACCAUUCCAAGGGUGUUGGGCAUGUAACUAAUGGAAACCUCUCUUCUGCCUCCAAAACUGCUGCUAAUGCAGUGGAGAUGGUGCAAAGGUACAGUAAGGAAAAGCGUGAUGCCAUUUCACUGGCUAUCAAGGACAUUAAGGAGGCUAUAGAAGAAGUAAAGACUAGGACAAUACGCUCUCCGUAUACUCCUGAUGAGCCAAAAGAGCCUAUUUGGGUGAUGAGGCAGGAUAUCAGUCCAACCAAGGACUGUGAUGACCAAAGGCCACUAGGUGGCGAUUCUCCAUCUCCUGAUUCUUCCACGCAAGGAGCAGAAUCCACAAACCGGCAACAUCGUCAGAAUGCCUGUGAUUCAGCAGAGUCCUCUUCUAAUAAAGAGUCCAGAAAGAGCCUGGCUUCAUUCCCAACCUACGUAGAAGUCCCUGGACCUUGUGAUCCUGAAGAUUUAAUUGAUGGCAUAAUAUUUGCUGCCAACUACCUGGGCUCUACUCAGCUACUGUCUGACAAAACCCCAUCUAAGAAUGUGCGCAUGAUGCAAGCACAAGAAGCAGUUAGUCGGAUUAAGAUGGCCCAGAAAUUAGCCAAAAGCAGGAAGAAGGCUGCAGAAGGAGAAGCACAACCCAUGACUGAAGUGGACUUAUUUAUUUCUACUCAAAGAAUAAAAGUAUUGAAUGCGGAUACACAGGAGACCAUGAUGGAUCACCCUUUGAGGACUAUAUCAUAUAUUGCUGAUAUUGGAAAUAUUGUAGUCCUGAUGGCACGCAGGCGAAUGCCACGAAGCAAUUCUCAGGAUAAUGUGGAGGCUUCCCACCCAUCCCAAGAUGGAAAAAGACAGUACAAGAUGAUCUGCCAUGUAUUUGAGUCAGAAGAUGCCCAGCUGAUCGCUCAGUCUAUAGGCCAGGCUUUCAGUGUUGCUUACCAGGAAUUCCUGAGAGCUAAUGGCAUUAACCCUGAAGAUCUCAGCCAGAAGGAAUACAGUGAUUUACUCAAUACCCAGGACAUGUAUAAUGAUGACCUCAUCCACUUCUCCAAAUCUGAGAACUGCAAAGAUGUUUUUAUAGAAAAACAGAAGGGCGAGAUCCUUGGUGUUGUGAUUGUAGAAUCUGGCUGGGGCUCCAUUCUGCCAACAGUUAUUAUUGCUAAUAUGAUGCAUGGAGGGCCUGCGGAGAAGUCAGGGAAACUGAAUAUCGGGGAUCAAAUCAUGUCGAUCAAUGGCACCAGUUUAGUUGGUUUACCACUGUCCACUUGUCAGAGCAUCAUAAAGGGCUUAAAGAACCAGUCCAGAGUGAAAUUGAAUAUUGUGAGAUGUCCUCCAGUCACCACUGUCUUGAUUCGAAGACCUGACCUCAGAUACCAGCUGGGCUUCAGUGUACAGAAUGGCAUUAUUUGCAGCCUGAUGCGAGGAGGUAUUGCAGAACGAGGAGGAGUACGGGUGGGUCAUCGUAUCAUAGAAAUUAAUGGACAGAGUGUUGUAGCAACCCCUCAUGAGAAGAUCGUUCAUAUUCUCUCCAAUGCAGUUGGUGAGAUACACAUGAAGACAAUGCCAGCAGCCAUGUACCGACUGCUGACUGCACAGGAGCAACCAGUUUACAUCUAAUGGCCUCUCUGCUACUUCACGACAUGCAUGGAGGACAAUUUGCCUCACCAGUGGUUCUUUUCCUAGUGCUGCCUUUGUGUUUUCAGAAACAUCUCCAGGAAUACUACUCUUUUUUAUUUUUUUUGACCAUUUUCUCCAUGCCCAUGAAUUGAGUAAUUUACAGAAAAUUGUGACUUUGAAGGCAACACGUUGCACCGUUAGCUAUGCUAAUACAUGUUCUCAAUGUCGGGAAGACACCUUACAUCUUAUUGUGUGCUAUAUUGAGCCUCAGAAGGUGUCCUGCUUGAAACUGGUUUCUAAGGAGUAAGUCGUAGAAGGCUAUUAAGUUACUGUUUAUGGAUAUUCUACUUACUGAUAUUAUACAGUUGUUUCUUGCACUUAUAGCGCUAACACACGAAAUUGGCCAGUUCUUAAUAUCAUAUGUUGCAGAGAAGCCCUAAUGCAUGUGUCACAAUACUAAAGUAGCAGUACUGAAACGUAGUUCCAACUCGGAAGGCUGUGCAUGAAGCUCUGGGUCACCUUGAAUUUCUAAGUUAUACUAUGUGUGCUUCUGUGGUGUUCACUGUAAAAAAGCACUGUUGAAUCUCCGUGGAGAAUAUUGCAAUAGGAUUAACAGGCGGCAUCCUACAAGUAGCUGGUCAUGGGUAUUACAUAGGAUGUAUGGGGAUUGACCACGUCUAUUCUUACACAAUAUACAAUUCUACCUUAAAUUCUUUCAUACAAGGUAUGAAAAUGUUUGAACCUGGCUCCGCUAGCUCAUAGGAAGAUAUAUUCCAAAUAACAAAUGUGGCUUAUUUGCACAAUAAAGUGUAUCCAUGUCGUGGUUGAAUAACAUAGCUACCAUUAAGGACAUGGGAGCUUCACAUAAGGUUGGAUGUAUACGGAGACCAUUCAUUUUGAUAAAGGGCGCCAUCUUUUUGUCUUUAUAUGUAAUUAUUUUGUUUGUUUGUCAGAUGUAAACGCCUCCCUGCACAAUGACAAUGUGGCCAUGAUAUUCUUUCUUCUGUUUACCAAGGGUUUGCACAUAGAACUAAACAAUAUCACACCACAAAUAUUGUGAUGCGGGGGAAGGGGGAUGUCAAGCAUGCAUUUUUUGGUGCAGUUAGGACCUACAAUUGCUGCUGAAUAUCUAUUAAAGUGUGAAAUGAUCCAUUCCAGAAGAGGAACCAGAUGUAACAACUUCGAUUCGGGUUGUUGUUGUUGUAUUGAACUUGUUUACCUUGCUUAUAGAAAUGAGAAAGACGAGCCUACGGGCUGCAAGCAUAACACACUGGCCUCACGUAUACAAGACCCAUUUCAACUGGGGGGAUCUGUUUACUAGGCCUGAGAGCUGAGAUCACAGAUUUGAGCCUAUACCUUUCUUUUUCGAUUUGUUAUAUUUAAUUUUCUAUUCAGCUCUGGGCUAUAUGUCUAGAUAUAUGGUAAAGAAUCAUUUAUGCAAGCUACCAAAUAGAUGUUUUCUAGUUGUCAUGACCAACAUCUGCUGUUUCCAUACCGAAAGCAAAUGAAGUUAUUGUGCACACACACACAGUUUGUUGUUUGUAUUUGCCGCCUCAAAACAUAGCUGUUUUAUAUGUAAAAGAAAGAAAAGGUAAAACAUUUCAGCAAUAUUUGGUCCAAUAUUUUCAGUAUUUUUUUUGUGACAGCAAAUGCUAUACAUGACAUUUGCAAACAACCCAAUUUAGUUUUGGAUGAAAACAGUCCAAAGAAUAUUUGGGGAGAUUUAUCAAAACCUGUGCAGAGGAAGAGUGGUGUAG